AUGGAUCAACCAGUACAACAUGUUGAGCUCGCCUUCCGUCCAAAGGAAAGUUCCACGGCGCCUGUCAGCAGUAUUCGGAAACCAGGGGAUCAGGUAGUCGUGACUACUGAGGCGAAGGUGCAUCAUGCAAACCAGCGGAAAAGCCAUGCACCAAGACGCAGCCGGAAAUAUGCCAUGCCAGCGACCGAAUCCCUGAAAAGCCCAGCAAAGGAAGGCCCUGAGCAGAAAGACAUUGUGAUACAUGAGUGGUCCGAUGUCCCUGGACCAUUACACGAGGCUGUAAUUGCCUCUCUGAAAGAAGUAUGCCAUGAUCUAGACACCCUCGCCAGAUCCGGCUACAAAGUCCGCGAGAUGACACAAGAGGACCUGGAAGGCUAUGCAAAGUGUAUGAAUUGCGGAGGACGCAAGCGAGUUCUAGACACCAAAUCGAAAACAGCUUGUUUCUACCACCCGAUGAAACUCAAUCGCCAGACGAAACAAUACAAGUAUCCAUGUUGUGGGAAGAAAGAGGCAUGCGCCUCAUUGCCGGCGCAUGUUUACGCACCUGUUCAAGAUUUUCUGCUGGAGAACUGGCAGCGUUAUCGAUUAACGCCUAGUCCAGAACCAGGCCUUUAUCAACCUCGGCGGGUGGUCGCACUCGACUGUGAAAUGGUCGAGGUUGAAGGAGGAAGUGCGGAAGUAGCGCAGAUCUGCGCCGUCGAUAUCCUGACCGGUGAAGUUAUUGUCGACAAAUACGUGGUCCCGUCCAAGACAGUGACGGACUGGCGUACUCCUUGGAGCGGGAUAUCACAGAAACUCCUCGAGGACAUGAAAGCGGCCGGAAAGACUGUCAAUGGAUGGGAAGAGGCUCGGAAAGCCUUAUGGGCGCACAUUGAUCCAGACACCAUCCUCGCUGGGCAGUCGCUCCAGCACGACCUCGACAUUAUGCGGAUGGUUCAUUUGAGUGUCAUUGACACGGCUAUCCUCUCUCGGGAGGCAGUAGCAAAAGAUUGCAAACAGAACUGGGGGUUGAAGCGACUAUGCAAGCAGAUGCUCGAUCGAGAUAUUCAGCAAUCGCGGAGAGGACACGAUUGCUUGGAGGAUACAAUGGCGACUAGGGAGGUGGUUCUCUGGUGUGUUCGGCACCCCGACAAAUUCCAGGACUGGGCUGCAUCCCAGAGGGAAUGGAAGAAGAAGGCCGAUGCGCAUUGGAAAUGUAAGCGGAAAGAGUCGGAUAAGGAUCAGGUCAAGCAACCACGAGAGAGUGUCUCUCAAGUACCGGCGAAAUAG